UAUUGUAUUAUUUGAUUUGAAAUUUGAAUAGAUCAGAUUCAUCAGAAAAUAAGAAAAAAAAAAUGUAGCCCAUUCAUUUAACGGAUUUAUGACUCCACCGCUGCUCCUUUCAACUUAAAUUUUAAUUUCCUUAUUUUUUUUAAAAAAAAAAAAUUAUAAUUUCUACGAAAUGAAAUUAAAACAUCUCUUAAUUUUUUUAUCAAUAAUUAUAUUUGUAACAUUACCAAUAAAAUCAAAUGUUAUAACAUUCACAGAAGAAGAAACUACAGAAUUUCAAGUGGCAGACAUUUUGCAAUAUGGAGAUAAUACGAUAGUUUUGCAAAUAAUUCGCAAUUUAAGUGGUGGAAAUUGUUCUGAAACAAAAAUAUCAUUUCGCGUUAUUUAUCCCGAUGGUAAUAUUAUACCAAUCGAUCUUUUAAUGGAAGAGUUGGGGAUACAAUCUUUCAAUUUUUGUACCGUUGAUGGAUUUAACCCUAUUACUCUUAAAGCCAUAGAAACAAAAAAAGGCAAUUUUAUAAUAGUAUCUUAUACUGUAGCUGCGGACGUAAAUAAUCCUCUCACGUAUAAUGAUUAUUUAAUGUUGAUUGAUUUAAAUGGAAAGAUUUACAGUAAAACUUUAAUGGGGCCUUCUCUUAUCGACUCAAGUAAUAAUAAUACGUGGGUGCCUCAACAAUCUUUUAUUUAUCCAAAUGUUAAUAAUGAGCAAGGAUUUCUCUACUUUGCAUUAUUAUCGAGUGGUCUUAAUGAUCUCAAUAGUAAUUAUAACGUGACGCAAUGGAUAAUAAAUGAACACGGAAUUUUUAGCAAGAUUGCAGAAAUGGUGUUAGCUCUUCAAGUACCACCUUCUGUAGUUUCAACAGUGGAUGGAGGUUACAUGUUUAUUUAUCCUAAUAUAACAACCUCCCAGGAUCCUUUUUCUUCACGGACAGGGCUUUACUCCGUGUAUUGUGGAUAUGGAAGUAAUAUUGUGCGAGAACCAGUUAUUCUUUAUGAAACUAUAUUGGAAUUAAAUAUUGUUGGCCUUAAUUGUGUUAUCUCUCACUCGGAAGUUGGACAAAUUUGUUUGAUAACCAUACAACCUAAUUCCACUGAUCUAAUUCCAAUUCCUGUUUAUAUUCAAGUUAAUUAUCUUUCAUUAGGAUCUGUAUUUGAUGUAAAACGUGUAUAUGCCACACUGCCCACAAUUAUAGGUAUUAACCAACUUACCGAUCCUCAAUUUAUAAUUAAUCCAUUACCAUUCGGAGGUUAUUUCUAUAGUGUUGUUCAAACAACCAAUAUGAGUAGUGAUGUUUGGGGCUUUGUUUUGGAUGAAAAUGGCAAAUUUAAUCCAUGGGACCUUUCAUAUCCUACCCUGUCAGAUUCUAAUGCUUCCCACCAAAUUUUAACAAAUAACACUCUUGCAAUGCUUCAACCAAUAGUAGGACAAAAUUGGAGUUUAAUCACCACUAAUUUGUAUAAAAUUCAUAAAGAUAAUGGUUAUGAUAAUAUACUCAUCAGAAAUACAACUCCGGGCAUUCAUAAAACUAUUCCCGCACGUGAUACUAAUCCCCUUAGUAUUACAUAUACGAUUCCUAUUGUUUUAUCAAACGGCACAAUUACAAUUUUUCAAAGUAAUGGCAGUUCUAAUCCUGGGAUCGUACGUCAAACCAUUAACGGCUUAAAUAACCAAAAUUAUGUAACGUUUGAUAACGAUACCGUUAGUAUUGUUAUAAUUGAAAGUACAUUUAAUAAUCCUGGUUCAACAUAUUAUGUUAUGAUUGAGAAUAAUUUUGUUUCAAGUCUAUUAUACAAUGAACCUCUCCCUGGUUUAUCUAAUAAGAUUGUUUGGUCUUUUACAACGUUACCAGAAGAAGAAAAAGAAAAAGGGGGAGGAAGUAAAAUUAAAAUGUUUUUUGAUGGCAUUUAUGGAAAAGUUAAAUUGACCAAAACCGGAACUGCUUACUUUGACACUCUCGAUCCCAAUCAAAUAAAUGAAUUCUUUAAUAAUUUAACACAAGAAUUGGCCAAUGCAGUCAUAUCAAAACGAAUAAGCACCAAUCAUAGAUUUGUAAUCGACACUUCUAACAUUGAAAGUACUUCAAACCAAUAUCUUUUAUCCAUUAGGAUUGAUAAACCACAAUCUGCAUCAGAUAGGGAGACUAAAUUAAUCGCUAGAGAUUUAGAUGCUAUGAUCCGGAAUAUGAACAUCACUGUUCUUGCAUCUGAAAGUUCUUCGAAAUAUUUGGAACCACUUUAUGGAUAUGUAACUAUUCCCAGGUGGUAUGAGAAUUUCGCCAAUAUAUUCCAACUUAUUUUAACAGUUACAUUCUUUUUGAUAUUGACCAUACUUUGCAUCAUUUCUAUACAUUAUGAUGCAAAAAUUGAAGUAAAAAGUGGUGCAAAUAGUAGUGUUAGGAAAGCUUUUUUUCACAUAAUGAAAUCGGAUAUACAUAAAUUAACCCAAUCUGUAAAUUUAUGUAAGGGGAGGGAGGGUAAUGAGGGGAGAGAGGUUAAUGAGAGGAGGGUUGUUGAUGAGAUUAAGAGCAACCACUUUAAAGUUUAUUUAUAUGGAUUUAAUGUUUUGUCAUUUGUGUUGGACAUUCUUUUUGCUAAGGUAGAGGCAGGCAGUGUCAAAAUUAUUUUUUUUGUGAGUGUUUUUUUUGUGACAGUUCCAUAUGUUAUCAAGUUAGGAUAUGUAGUUUACAUUAUCCUUAGUGAACUUGUAAGAAAAGAAAAUUCAGAAGAUUCAGUUCAACUUCUUGAUGAAUCUGAAGAAAAAGGUGAUCCAGAAGAUUUAAAUGAUCAACAAGAUGGUUCGCAAGGUCAACAAGAUGGUUCACAAGGUCAACAAGUUAAAGCAAAAGAAAAAGUUACAAUCAAGAAAUGGUUAGAAGAUUCAAAAAAACAUAAAAUAGUUCUUGUAAUGUUGAUAUCACUAGCAGGAACUGAUGUCGGAGUUCUAGAAAUAUUUAAUUUCCAAUUUUGUGGAUAUAAAUUUAACAUUAAGUUAUCUGAAAAAUUUCAACAAAGGGUUAUUAUUGGAGAAAUUAUUGGUAUUAUUAUUAAAAAUAUACCUGAACUAGUUAUUAGGAUUUACUUUUUGAGUAGAGCGAUUGAUUUUAGUUAUUUAUCUAUUCUUACUCCUUUAGUAUCUCUUAUAAAAAUCUUAAGUCUUUUUGUAAACUUCACAAAAUUAAUGAAAAUUAAAAAUAAUGCUUCUUAAAUUUGUCAUUUUCCUUAUUUUUUUAUUACAAAUUAAAAAAUUUUAAAUUUUUAUUUACCAUA